UAAAUAUAUGAAUAUAUACUCACGCACUUACCUAUGUGGACCAAUGUGAAUAGUGCUUUACAAUGUCUCAAAGAAGUAUUGUACUAUUUUAGUUUAAUGAAUUCUAUUUUGUAAUUGAUAACUGAAUAUAUUAUUAAAUAUGCAUUCACACGUAAUCCCAAAUAAGAGUGAAGAUGAGAUGACCGUUGAAGAAAAAUGGAGGGUACAACAUAUAAAAAUGCACGAACAACAUCAAGGGCACGAAGCAAUGCAUACACAAAUGCUAAUCAUUUUAUUAGUAACGUUAUUAGUAGCACAGAUUGUUUUAGUUCAAUGGAAAAAAAGUCAUUAUAGAUCAUAUCAGCUUAUUAGUUUAAUUGCUAUGUGGAUUAUUCCAUUUGGAUUAAGUUUAAGAAAUCAUUGGUGGAGGUUUAUAUUUCUUUGGUUGGUAUCUUCUUGUAUAACAGGACUAGUUGUAAGAAAGGCUGUUCAGAAGCCUAUUGCGGGUACAACACCAAGACUGGUGUACAAAUGGUUUCUUUUUAUUUAUAAGCUCAGCUAUAUAUUAGGUAUAAUAAGUUAUAUUAUAGUGCUAGCUACGUUUUUUGGUUUAAAUAUAGUAUUUGAAGUAAAGCCACAGGAAUGGAUGGAUUGUGGCAUACUUUUGUUAUUUUAUGGAUUGUACUUUGGAGUAUUAGGAAGAGAUGUUGCUGAAAUCUGUGCAGAUAAAAUGGCUUCACAUAUUGGGUAUUAUGUGCCAGGCCAAAUGCCUACAAGGACAUUAGAACCAAAUGUGUGUGCUGUGUGUGGAAAUAAACUUUUAGUGUCUGAAAAUGAACCUGGUGUUAUAGAAAAUACAUAUAAACUCAGUUGUGAGCAUGUCUUUCACGAGUUCUGUAUCAGAGGAUGGUGCAUUGUUGGAAAAAAACAGACAUGUCCAUAUUGUAAAGAAAAGGUUGACCUUAAAAAAAUGUUCCGCAAUCCAUGGGAACGUCCUCACGUUUUAUAUGGCGAGUUACUGGAUUGGAUUAGGUGGUUGGUUGCUUGGCAGCCAUUAAUUUUAUUUCUUGUUCAAGGUAUCAAUUGGGGCCUAGGCCUUGAGUAAGUAGAGUUCUAUUAGGAUAAAUUCAAUUACACCUAGAACAUUGUUGUUUUUCUGUAAUACAAAUGACAUAUGUAAACGACUGUAUGUUUAUAUUUUUGUACAUAUGGUUGCUAUUAUAUGUAUUAUUUAUAACAACGAACUGUGUUACAAGCGUAUAAUUUUCAGUCCAAGUUAUGAUUACAAUUUUGAUUAAAGCUGCGACAAAUCGCACUUUAUAUGAUUUGAAUGUUUCCUAUCAGGAAUAAUGUAAAGAUUAUGAAAUACUAUUCACUGUAUACUUCGAUAGAUUUUGAUAGACUACCUAAUGUUUAAUAAUGAUUCUUCCAAAGAAUGCAUUUUUUUAUUGUUUAUAUGAAAAUUUUCAUGUGCAAGCAAUUAUGUAACAAUGAAUGUAAUUUUAAUUUAAAUCUUCAUUUUGAAAGUCAUUUAUAAAUAUAGACUAUUAAUGUUGGUUAUCCGAAGGAAUUAAAAUUGAAAAUUCAAGUAUAAAUAUAUGAUAAGUGAAAUUUCAAGAUAAUAAAAAAGGAAAAUAUUUAAUAUGAAAUUAAAUUAACUCGUCAAUUUGUAUUUUGAUAUUUAAAAAAGGAGUUAAACCUUAGAAACAGUUUGAUUCGGAUAAUCAGUAUUAAAAUAUUUCAAUGCCUGUAUAUAGAAAUAUUUUGACUUGGUGUAAUUCAUGUACCAUUUCUUCUAUCAUUCCACUUCGUUACAGAACUAGUCACGUUAGAUUCGCAUUUUGAUUAAUUAAAUGACAAUUUUACAUUGUGUACUUGUUAAUAAUCAUAAUUAAAGAUACAUGCACUAAUUGUGUUUCUUUUAUUUAAAUUGCAAGCACACGAAAUUGUUAAUUAAAUAAGAAGAAAGUAUAAUGAACUGCAAGAAUUGAUUUCGAUCAGUAUGUCCGGAAAAACUUUAUUGUUUUAACUAUAAAGAGAGACAUAUUUUAUUUACAAGUUAAAGUAUCUCCUUCCAUAGAAAGUUUCAAAUAUAGUAUUUUUCGAUUUUAAAGGGACAGAUAGUUAGCAAUAAAAUUAUAAUAUUUCUACUUAUAAGUAUUACCCUGUGUAUUUGCUAAUUGUGAUUAGAUACUAUAAAUAGUUCACUUCUAGAAGUGUAACAUUUCUAAAACUAUUUUUGUACAGUAGACCAACCAAAAAAAUCAUGGAGAUCAUUGGAAUACCAUAUUUUUUAAUUUUGGCAUGUAUGUAUUAUGCUAUGAAAAUUGAUACAUUAAACAUUUUGGAGAAUUCGUCUUUUGCAAGCGACCUAUGGAAGAAUUUGUAAACCCAAUUUGCUUCUUUGAUAGUAAACUAAUAAACAAAAACAAUGCGCAUAAUAUUGUCAAUUGAACAAUAUUAAAAUACUUAUAAACACAUGUGUUCAAAUAUUGUGCUAUUUUAAAAUAAAAAUGUAUACAUCAUAUGUAAAUCUUGUACAAAUGAAAUUUGAAAAUUCAAUUGUGUAGGUUUUCCAAACUAUUCAGAAUAUUCAGAAUUAAACGCGCCUUUUCCUGUCAUUUAUUUUUGAAUCAAAAUAAGAAGUUAAUUACCCUUGUAUAUGCCUUGAAUUAAAUCCAUUGAAUUUCAAUGUUUGAAAAAAGAAAAUCUUCUUUAAUAUAUAGGUACUAUACAGUGACUACAAAUAUUUGUACAAUCCAAGAAAAAUUGUCAGUAUUUUAAAGUGUUAUAAUUUUGUAAAAAGAAUCGUAAAUAAUCCACAUUUUAAAAUGAAAAGCUUCUACUUCUACUAUGUUGAGUUUGUCUUGUUUAAAGAUGUUUUUUUUAUUAUAUAAGAAAUACAAAAGUGAGAAUAUUUUUUGUCUUUUAAAUUAUAAAAACUCAAAAGCAUCCGUAAACGCUGAAUAAUUUUUUACAUGACCAAAUCCACCAUACUCUUGAAAAUUGAAAUCUCUUCUUUACAAUAAUAUUUUAAAUUUUACAUGAUUUUUUUCGUCAAGUUACUAAACUUUGAAUAUAUUUGAAAAUGUUAAAGGCUCAAAGAAAUUUUAGAAUUUCUUAAAUUUUCGUCAAUUCUAAUAUUCAUUGUUUAAUAAUGUAACGGAAAAAAUCACAAAUAAGUUUAAGGCUUUAAAAUGAGUCCAAGUAAAUCGUUGUACAUUUUUCAUUAACAAAGUUACAACAGUUUAAAAUACUGACAAUUUUUCUUGGGGUGUAUGAAUACUUUUUACAACCACUGUACACGUAUUUCAGAUGUUUGUAAAUUUUAUUUUUAUAUAAAUAAUAUAAAAUCAAUUGUUAGGUAUUAUUAACAAUUGCAUUUCAAAGUUACAGACACUUGUAAGGAAAUAUGUUCUAAGAAAUUCAUUUUUAUUUUUUCUUGUAUGUAUAUUGAAUUUCUUUUAAAUUUUAAGUUUAAUUAUAUAGUAAUAUAUAUAAUAAUCAAAACAAACUUAUUAUUACAAGAUCUAGUAUUAGUUUUUCUACACAAACAUGAAAUAAAGUAAUGAUAUGAUGCUUA